UGUAUGUUCGGAUGCAACGCAGGGGGCGGCGGUUCCCACGAGACGCGAUGCUGCGCAUGUGUCCGUGAUUUCGAUAGAGGGAUGUCGUCAGGUGUGUGUUGAAAGAUGGUGCUCCGACCCCGGGCAGCCUCUGCGUCCUCCUCCUCCUCUUCAAAGCUAUCCCGCGACUCAUCCUCCUCUGCGAGCGGCGCCUGCGUAGCCUGCGAGUACCCCUUGUACUUCGAAUUGAGCAUGUUCAAGAAGGGGCGACUGGAGGAGCCGGACGCCCCGCCAUAGAACGACUGAGACAUCGUAGAGCGAUUGGGCGGGCUGGCCAUGAUGGUGGGAAAGAGGCGCAGAGUCAGACACGCCCCCGAGUGCUUGCGUAGGUUCCCGUAACCGAACCAAAUGAGGUAAUUUGACAAGGCGUGUUGAACGAUGGCUGUGUCUAAUCCCUGCUUCAAUGCCUUACAACACCUUUCUCGGCGUCUCUGCUGGCCAUCCUCCUUCUCUCUGUUCUUGCGGGUCUUUGAUGCAUUCUCAUCAUACUUCGUGCGAAUCACAAAUAUUUACGUGUUCAGGCGUUGGCUACUAAGGCAGUGCAUUCUAUCUCGAAGCUGUGGAAAAUGUCAGAAUGGGCGAGGUCUGAGCGGUGGGAGAUGUACCAUGCUCCGAGAGGCAGAGCAGCGACCGCAACACAGUCUCUAUCCAAGCCGACAUGGAGAGUGGCUGGCGUACCUGUGCAUAGAUUUCGUUCAUGGCUUGGAAGUCGGCCAUGUUUGUCAAACUCGCUUGCAACUCACCUUCACAAUAUGUUCCAAUCCCGAUCCUGCAGCUUUCAGCACGAUCGAGAGAUUUUCCAGCGCGGCACG